AUAGUGUUUAUGAUAUCUCAAGUUGGAUUGACGUGUUUAAUGGUGGGCUAUGCUAUAGCCGGUGGUUUUAUAUUUCUAUAUCUAGAGGCAGGACAUGCUAAAGAAAUAAGAAGCUUUGUAGGAUUUAAUAGAUUGGCACACGUAAAGAAAGUAUGGGAUAUAACCAGUAAACUGAAUAUCUUACACGAGGCCAACUGGACAAGAUUAGCCGAUGAAAUCUUUGAAGAAUUUCAACAGUCAGUAUAUGUUGCUGUACAGAAUGGCUGGGACGGACAAGAUAUCUUUGCAACAAAGGAAAUCGAGGAAGAAUGGAGUUUUGCUGGUUCACUGUUGUAUUCAGUAACUGUUAUAACUACAAUUGGUUAUGGUCACUUAACACCAAGAACAAAUUGGGGACGUAUCGUUACCAUAUUCUAUGCUAUAAUUGGGAUUCCACUUACUUUACUAUGUUUAUCUAACAUUGGGUGCCUGCUGGCCAAGUUAUUUCGGAUUCUAUGGAAACAUACGCAGUGUAAACGAUGCUGCAAGAAAGAAAAUAAUGAACCGGGAAGUGUUAUAGAGAAUCCUAUAAAUAAACCUUUAGUUCGAGGUCAAGGUUCACGUGACGUCAUCAGUGACAGUGCUCAUUAUAAUAACAUUUUAGAAAACAGACGACAUUCCGAUAUAAUUCGCGUACCUAUUCCAAUUUGCCUCUGUUUAUUAGCUCUGUACAUUGGUCUAGGAGCUCUGCUCUUCAGACUCUGGGAACGUUCGUGGUCUUAUAUGGACGCAUCUUACUUCUGUUUUGUGACAUUGAGUACUAUUGGUUUUGGUGAUUUAGUGCCGGGCUACACUCACGAGUCGUGGGGUAACCAGUAUAAACGCGUUGCUUGUACUUUAUACCUGUUAUUUGGACUGGUGGUUGUGGCUAUGUGCUUCGAUCUGAUCCAAACAGAAGUU